AUGGCAAUCCACCUCCGCGCCCACGCCUUCGCGGCCAACCCGCUGCGUGGAGUCUCCACCGCCACCACCGCCGUGUCCCCCUCCGCGGCCGCCGAGGCUCUCCGCUCCGUUCUCGACCCCAGCUCCGCCGCCGCCGCCGCCAAUCCCCAGCCGUACCUCUCCAAGAUCCUCCCUUUCCGCCGGGGCCGCCCGCUCGCGCGCUCCACGGACCCUCCUCCCGCGUCCGCCGCCUCCGCGGCGCCGAUCUGGUGCCUCGCGUGGCUCCCGCCGUCCCUCGUCCCCGGGCUCGCCCCGGACGCCUUCGUCUUCCUGGGCGCGCACGUCGAGGGCGGCGGCAAGGAGGCCGCCGCGUACUGGGCGGUCGACGUCAGCGAGGGCGAGGGAGCGACGGUUGGCGGGCCGGCGGACGGGGAUGGGCCGUCGGCGUUUGUUGACUUGAGGACGCUCAUGGUCGCCACGGACUGGAGCGACAAGGAUGCCAUGGGGGAGCUCGCCAUCGCAGGACAUGCUCGAGCACUGCUCGAAUGGCACAGCACGGCAAAAUUUUGUGGAGCUUGUGGAGCAAAGGCUGUUCCUACUGAAGCCGGAAGGCGUAAGCAGUGCAGCAACGAGUCCUGCAAGAAGAGGAUAUACCCUCGAAUUGAUCCGGUUGUGAUCAUGUUGGUCAUUGAUAAAGAAAAUGAUCGGGCGCUCUUAAGUCGCCAGUCAAGAUUUGUGCCUCGAAUGUGGAGUUGUCUUGCUGGUUUCAUAGAGCCAGGAGAAGGCCUGGAAGAGGCAGUGAGACGAGAAACAUGGGAGGAAACUGGUAUUGAAGUUGGACAAGUCGUUUAUCACAGUUCUCAACCAUGGCCUGUUGGGCCAAAUACUAUGCCCUGCCAACUAAUGAUGGGCUUCUUUGCUUAUGCUAAAUCAUUGGAGAUAAAAGUGGACAAGCAGGAGCUUGAAGAUGCCCAAUGGCACAGCCGUGAAGACAUCAAGAAAGCGUUGACGUUUGCUGAACACAAGAAAGCUCAGAGAACAAAUGCUGCCAAGGUCAAUCAGAUUUGCAUGGGUGCUGAGAAAGGGCAGAGCCUCUCUGAUGACUUUAAAGUUGAAAGUGGUGAGCCUGCUCCAAUGUUCGUCCCAGGACCCUUCGCCAUUGCUCAUCACCUUAUCUCGGCAUGGGCUUUCGAGGGAGCACCAAAGCUGCCUAGUUCCUUCUCAAAUCUAUAA